AAUUAAAUUCUUAGGGUUAGGGUUUUGACCCUCAGGUUCGAUUUCAUUCUCCAUUUUCACGUUGCACUUUCGUCGGCAACAGAGUUACGAUUCCGAUUGUUGGGAUUUCCAUGGCGACGCCAGCAGUGAAUGCUCCAGCAAAGAGGAAGCCCGUGUUCGUAAAAGUAGAAGAGCUUAAGCCUGGUACCAGCGGCCACACUCUCACGGUCAAGGUGGUGAGUUCCAAAAAUGUGAAGGUUGUCAAUAAAGGUGGGCGAUCCACCAUGCUUACUGCUCGCCCUCAGCAAUUAACUCGAAUUUCUGAAUGUCUUGUUGGUGAUGAGACUGGUUCCAUCGUCUUCACAGCUCGAAACGACCAAGUUGAUAUCAUGAAGCCAGGAAACACUGUGACCCUGCGGAAUGCAAAGAUUGACAUGUUCAAAGGUUCUAUGAGGUUAGCAGUAGAUAAAUGGGGACGAGUUGAAGUUGCCGAACCAGCCAACUUUGAGGUUAAAGAGGACAACAAUCUCUCACUGGUUGAAUAUGAAUUGGUUAACGUUGAAGAAUGACUUCGAAAUAUGCAAUGUUAAUUAUGAUGGAUUUACUUUCCUAUUGUGUGGUGAACUGCUAUUUAACUGGUAUACAGUUUCUAUAUGGCAACACAAAUCUUGCUGAAGGUAAUAUAAGUUGAUUAUUGCUGUGCCUACUAUGCUUAAUUUGGAUCUGAUGUGAUAAAGAUCUUGAAAGGCAAAUUGCAAAUGUUGCUUUCUGAUCAUAUUAUUUGGAAAAGUAAAUAGAAGGUUUUUGCCAAUGUACCUUCGUUUUGGUGUCUUA